AUGGCGACGUCCAGCCCCAUCGCAUUCUAUGACAUCGCCCAGCGUCCUCCCGUGGAGAAAAACGCGUGUGCACCAAACCCCUGGAAAAGCCGGCUGGCACUCAACUUCAAAGCUCUCCCAUACACGACCACAUGGGUGCCUCUGCCCGACGUUGCAAAGGUCCGCAACAGUCUCAAAGUACCAGCGUGUCGCAAAUUUGCCGAUGGCACCGACUUCCUCACGUUGCCCAUCAUCGAGGAUCCCGCGACCGAAUCGUCGGUCGGCGACUCGUUCGACAUCGCCGUCUACCUCCAGAAGACAUAUCCGGACUCGGGCGCGGGCGACCUCUUCCCGCCUCAGACAAUCGACUACGUCUUCACGCCCGACGCUGCCAUACUCGUCCCGCUGUCGGACUGCAGCGAGAGUGACUUCCCCGAGUACGCCAAGUUCAACGCGAACGUCGACGCGGCCUUCAGCGCACACGUGCCGCUUUCGGUCCAGGGUUUCCCGUUCGAUCCGGCCACGGCUGAGGCGUCCAAGGCGGAAUUCGUCCGGCGCGCGGGGGUUUCGAGCUGGGACGACUUUGCGCUGGCGGGCGAGGUGCGAGCGAAGAUGAUGGAGUCGUUCCGCAACACGCUGGGCGGGCUGGGCAAGCUGUUCGAGAGGGACGCCGGCGGGCCCUUUCUGCUCGGAGCAAAGGCUUGCUAUGCCGACUUGAUCGUCGGUGCGUGGCUGCGGAUGAUGCGCGCGACGCUACCGGAGAGCGAGUGGGAGGAGCUGAGAAGCUGGCAUGGGGGUCUUUAUGGGCGGUUGCAUGAUGCGUUGGAGGUGUAUGCGGAGAUGAAGUAG